UGCACGAAGUAUCCGUGGUAGCUUUCAUCUAUUUACUUGCGAAGGUGGUAGUGCUCGCCAAUCGAGACCUGGAGGAAAGAUCUUUCUCCCAAGAGCCACCGUGGGCUUCGACCACGAUUCUCCUUCUUCAUUCUCACAUCUCUAUCUGGUGGCACUCUUCGCUGUCGGAACCGCAGCCAUGACCCGGCCUGAGCCCGUUUUCGAGAAGGACCGCCAUAUCAAAUAUUGGAAGCGCUGCCAUGACACAUACCUCCCAUCGCCGUACACGGCAUCGGACUCGACGCGCUUGAUGUGGGCGUGUUUCACGUACUCAGCUCUGGACAUACUACAUGUGCCUUUCGACCCCGAGGAUGUAGCCAAUGUGCGCACUUGGGUUCUGAACUUGCAACAUCCUCAAGGUGGAUUUUGUGGCAGCCCGGCUCAUGUAUACAAGGGCCAGGCGGCAGAUCAAGGUCAUGCGAACUUGGCGGCAACGUUUUUCGCCCUUGUGCUGCUCGCUGUAGUGGCAGAGCACGGCGAGGCUGGUGCGGACGCAUAUGCUGGGGUUAAUCGGCAACAGACACUCAGGUGGCUUCGACGACUGCAGCGGGACGACGGCAGUUUUGGGCAGAACAUGUGGGAUGGUCAGCCUGUCGGCGGCAGAGACACUCGACACAGCUACUUGGCGAGCUCGGUUAGGUGGAUGCUCCGCGGAGAUCCCGAGAAGGGUAGCGCGGCGGAGGAAGAAGAUAUCGACAUGGAAUCGAUAAUUAGGCAUAUUCGCCGCGGGCAAACAUUCGACGGCGGGCUAGCGGAAGCUUCAUCACACGAGUCUCACGCUGGUUACGCAUACUGCUCCGUUGCAGCAUUAUCGCUCUUGGAUAGGCCAUUGCGAUUCUCGGACGGCACGUCGCAUGAAGCGGUGCUCCGGGGCACAAGCGAUCGGGAUCAUCUGCUGAAGUUCUUGGCGGAUCGCCAAUUUGUCUACCUGGCCCAAGAUGAAGAGGAAGAGGGCGUCUCGCACGACGCGGGAGAGGAGAACUUCAUCAUGGCACAGUUGGACUCUCUCAACAUUGAUGACAGCUGCGACUAUGGUGGUUUCAACGGCCGGUGCAACAAAAAGGCCGACACGUGCUAUUGCUGGUGGGCCAUGGGUACACUGCGCAUGCUCGACUCGGGGUUCGAUAUCGGCGCAAGCCCGGCGCGUCGUUACUUGCUCGAGAUCACACAACACCGGAUCGGCGGAUUUUCCAAGGUGGCAGGAGCACCUCCUGACCUGUAUCACGCGUACCUCGGGCUUGCGGGACUAGCGUUGUUGGGCGAAAGCGGUAUCAAGGAAUUCGACGUCGGCUUGUGUUGCAGCAUCGAAACGACUGCCAAAAUUGAGCGCGCGAGGGCUGGGCUGAUACAGAGGGCAGAGCAAGAUGCCCAGUCUGAGCAGGAGGACAGAUUCUGGGAGCAAGUAUGAUGUGGGUAGCCGAACGCAGCGAUGGUUAUAUUUCGUCAAGUCCUACGAGCUAUGCCGGCUCUUUACGAUGGUUUGGGCGUUGACGCUUGGUCAUUCGAUUCGCUCUUGAAUGAGAAGAACGGGGUUGAGUCCUUCCUUCGUUCCUCGACCUGUG